UAAAGCACCCACCUUCAAAAGUGAAUUGAAAAUUCUCCUAGGGUUUUCUCUCCCCCAAUUCCAUGGCUUCUAACCAUCUCGACGAGGACGACGAUUUCGGUGGAGAUAUUCCUGUAACUCAUGAUGCUAGGCGUUCAGGCAAUAAGAGGAGUUUCGGGGACAUUGAGGACGAUGAAGACGAUAUCUUUGGAUCCAAGAAGGGUAAAACAAAAGCAGAAGAAAAUGCUCCUGGUGCGGCUACGGGAAUGAUCUUGUCACUUCGUGAGAGUCUUCAGAACUGCAAGGAAACUCUUACAACAUGCCAAACAGAACUUGAAGCUGCAAAGUCUGAGAUUGAGAAGUGGAAUUCUUCAUUCCGAAAUGAGUCCUUCGUACCGUCUGGGACAUCUCCUGAGCCCAAGAUGAUAAUCAACUGUCUUCAGACGCUUAGAUCUUCAGAAGAGGGAUUGAGAGAGCAGCUGGAAAAGGCUAAGAAAAAGGAGGCUGCUUUCAUAGUAACAUUCGCAAAACGGGAGCAGGAGAUAGCUGAGUUAAAGUCUGCUGUUCGAGACUUAAAAGCACAACUCAAGCCACCAUCUAUGCAGACAAGGCGGUUAUUAUUAGAUCCGGCAAUUCACGAAGAGUUCACCCGUCUAAAGAGCUUGCUAGAGGAGAAGGACAAGAAGGUGAAGGAGUUGCAGGAUCAUAUUGCUGCUGUUACUUUCACUCCACAGAGCAAGAUGGGUAAGAUGCUCAUGGCUAAAUGCAGGACCCUGCAAGAGGAAAAUGAGGAGAUUGGGAAUCAAGCAGCUGAGGGAAAGAUGCAUGAACUUUCGAUGAAACUGGCUUUACAAAAGUCGCAGAACGCAGAGCUGCGGAGUCAAUUCGAAGAACUGUAUGAACACAUGGAAGGACUCACAAAUGACGUUGAGAAGUCAAAUGAAAUGGUGGUCAUCCUGCAAGAGAAGGUGGAAGAGAAGAAUGAGGAGCUGAGAAGAUUAAAGAACGAGCAGUCGCAGCAGCAGAAAGCUACGCCUGAUGCGACGAGCGUUAGAGUUUCUACUCUUGAGGACAAAAAAGAAGCAAUGAUGGUAGAGAGUUGAUUUAAAAAAUGAAACUUCUUUUUUUUUUUUUUAAGGACCGUCA